AUGUCCGAUACUGACGGUUUUGAUUCUGGUUUCCCAUUAUACGAAAAACUUGUUGCUAAUGGUACAGCCGGUGCAGUUGGAAAUGAUAGCGAAUCAGAUCGUGCCCAUGUAGAACAGAGCAUUCAGCUGUUGGCCAGGUUCAAAGGUCACGUAAAGAAGGAGCUCGUACAUGUGGCGUCUAUUCCGAGAUACUUUGAGGCUUUGAUAUUUGUUCUCGACACUUAUUCUUUCGCAAGAGCCUUCAAAUUGGUCAUGUUGGCACACUCAUCGCUUUGCUAUCUUGUGAAACGCGUGGUGAUGCAACGCCCCUCCUUUUUUGACAGUUUGCAGAUUGUGGAGAACAUAACGGUACAUCUUUUUAUGUUGGAGAGCUUUGAAGCGUUCGACAGCAAGAAUUGCUGGUUAAGUUCUGUCAAGGCGUUCGAAGCUAUAUACCUUUUACAACCAAGCAUCCUCACAGACUGUAUGUUAGUGUUAUUUGCAAGAUAUGAACAUGAUGAUAAACGAUUGCUGCGGUUUCUGCUAGUCGUGGAUGAGUUAUUACAGAUGAUCAAGAAACACGAGAAGAUUGAUGGGGCAUUCGAUACUCGUUUACUCUCCAAGCUCUCUGAUGUGGUUAGUAGAUGUCACGGGAGCCAAGUUGAUGUUGUGAAAGUGAUACAAGAGGUAAUUUCUAAAAACUUUAAGAAUCAGGAGAAGGAGGUAUUCUCCCAGAUUCGUGAUGACUCUGUAAAAAAACUUUUCGAGAUCGAGGAAAAUGCACAAGAGCCGCACACUUUCGAUGUUAAUUUUGAGAUCGGUCGUAUUAUGGAAGAUUGCAAUAUUCAUCCAAGACAAUCUGAAAAUGUUUUAACGGGCUACCCCAAUGACCUAACAUGUGACAACAUUACAUCGGUUUUGGAGAACUUAUUGGUACCAUUUCAGAAUCCAAAGGAAACUGAACAAAAUUGGAGAUUAAGGCAAGCGAAUUUAACAGAAUUAAGGAAAAUUAUACGAACCACUUUCGCCAACAAUAACUCUUCACAGUUUAUUACAUUAUGUAAAGAAUUACAAACGUUUGAAUGUAUCGGCAAAGCAGUUCUUUCUUUAAGGACUACAUUAUCAAUGACGGCAUGUGAAGUUUUUAAGGAUUUUUUACAAAUAUUCACUAAAGAACUUGAUCUAGGAAUUCUGGAUCAAAUGUUUUCCAUUUUGAAAAAUUUGCUAACAACAGCAAAAAAGAUAGCAUCAACAUCUGCUCUGAGUUGUUUAAUUAUAAUGUUUACCAAUAUCGGAUUCCAUCAAAAAUUAUUCCAUAACUGCUUAAUGUUGAUAAAUGAAAAAUCAAUCACUCCAAGGAACUGUUCGGCACUAUUAUUAAGAAUUUUUUUAAUAGAAUUUACGGAUUCGAAAGUUUUGGAUAACUCUUUAAUAUACAUCGAAGAGUGGCUAAAAAAAGGUAUCACAGAUGCCCAGACCUCCGUGAGAGAAUCAAUGAGAUUAACGUUUUGGUAUUAUUACAAGGGCUAUACUCUUAAUGCUAAAAAUUUCCUCCUAACACAAUUUUCUUCUCAAUUAAAGAAGGCAAUAGAACUAUCAAUACCAAGUCAUCUGGAACUAAACUACCAUUUAAAUACAUCAGCACGAACUUCAACCACUAACCCUUUUUCAAUUGUGGAAAACUCGAGCAGAAACAAUUAUCAUCACAGAAAAUAUCCCAGUUAUGCACGACCAACUCAUUCCUAUAAUGCUUCUGUUCAAAGGACUUCAAAUGGUAGAUCUACCAGUGAAUAUGCCCCAACUGAUAUCGUGCCAAAUGUCUUAAACAGAAGAAAAGUGAGUGCCCCUCCGCCAAUGUUGACCAAGCGAUCAUUAACAACUGAACAAUAUCAGGAGCGGUCACAUUUUUCUCAGCUUACCCCUCAUAUUGAUACGUCUUCGUUCGAACAUCGUCACGAUGUCGAGAACACAAUUCAAAUUGAUCUUACGAGUGAUUUUUCGGGCGUUCACUCAAAUACUUUAAUCUCUAAAUAUUUGAACAAUGAGGACCAAUUUGAUGGGAAGCUAAUGUACCAAAAUUUGGAUUCGAGUUCACCUGACAAUAUAAAGGAAGGUGUACAAACUUUGCAAAAAUUCUUGCUGAAAAACAAUUCUUUUACUACGAAUGAAUCUCUUGAUUUGAAUCAUCUGAUAAAUUCAAUUAAGCUAAUAAAGCUGCGAUACCCACAAGAAUUGAAACCGCUUCUCUCCCUUUCUUCAUUUUGCGAAUCAAUGCCGUUAACCUUCGUCAUUGAAAUUCAUGCGAUCAAUUUUGUUGAUUUAAAUGAAGAUAUAAUGCAUCGAUUGACACCGACUGCUUUGCUGGAAGCAAUCUCAGAACUGUUUGCACAUUUAAACUCAAUCUCUGAUGAUAGAGAAGUUGAAAACAAUCCGGAAUUAUCCCUGUACUACAUGAAAUAUAAGCAAUUCAUAUUGAAUUUUUGCUUUGGUCUACUGAUAAAAGUUUUUAGUUUGGUACUGAAUAAUCAACAGGUCAAUUCAAAUGUUAUUCAGACUCUAAUACGAAAGCUUGGUGCUUUAUAUGGGCAGGAGUUUGAUGAAUGUCUGUAUAUCGAGUGUUUUGAGAAAAUGCAUGCACAUGACGAGACUUCAUUCACAUCAGCGGUACAGAGUAUCAAUUCUAUGCCCACAAAACUAAAAAUUUGCGAAGAAUUGGAAAAAAAAGGUAGUAUUGAAAGCACAGAAAUUGAGCAAAUCAUCAAUCGCAAUAAUUCAACUAGCAGUCGCCAGCUUGAUAAUGAUGAAAAUGAUAAUUUAGAAAACAAUGGAAACGGUAACACGGAAAACAUCAUUGUAGAUGAUCGAAAGUAUCUUGAGAUGACAAUGGUAAAUCCAUUUGGUCAGAGCCGUAGUAUUAGUGGAGGAAGUGUGGUAUAUCAUGAUCCAAGUUUAACAUCUCCUCUUGAAGAAAAUGCAGAUGCGAUUUCGCUUAAUGGUAAAAGUAAUGAGGAGCCUAGAGUCUCUGAAAUCACAAAAGUUGUUAGCAUUUAUGAAGUUGCAAGGCCACAUGAAUCAAAUGCUUCAACGAUAGAUUUGGAUGGAGACUCCAAGAUGAUCGACAAUGGAGAAGGGAAUAGCGUCACUUUAAGCGAUAUUUUUGCCUCACAGAGACAGGAACAUACUGUGAAGUUUAGUGAUGCAUCUCCAAAGGUGAUAAAUGCCGAAACAAGUCAUCCAUCAUCAUCUGUAAAAGCAGAUGCCUUUGAGGAAAAUAUGGAAAUUGGAAAUGACAUGUCAAGAAAAGCCUCAUUUGAAAGGGACAGGUCACCGGUGACUCCACUAACAGAGCGACAAUCCAAAGAACUGAGUCAAGCACUUAACAGCAUAGAAAUAGGCAAAAAACCCGAGCCGAUGAACAAUUUAGAGCCGUCCAAUUUAUCAGCAGAACUUCUUGUCAAUACGAUGCUAGAAGCUAUCGAAGGAAAAUCAAUCGAAGAUAAUUUUUUUGGGGAUAAGUUGUUGGGUUCUCUGACCUACUACGAAAUUACACUUGCUACAAAAAUGAUUGAUGCUGCAAAUGUAGAUGAAAAUUUAAAUCAAAUGAAAAAAGCGAUUGCUAGAAUCCAAAAUCGUUCGUUUACCAUAAUGCAUUUAAACUGCUUAAUUGGCCGACUGAUUAUGUGCUCGCAACAGCAACCAAUGCGAGAGUGGCUUGAAGUACAGAAGGGAUAUGAAACCCUAUUACAGCUUGGUAGAACUCUAUUGAUAUCAACGGAUGAAACAUCUCUCUUUCCAUUAAAUAUGGCAUCAAAAUCCAUCGUCUUGAUACAAUGCCUGAUUAUAUUGAAUAAGAAAUUGAACAAUGUCCCAUCUUUGUUUUCUCCUGCAAUCAAAGAUAUCUGGGAGGAAAUUUUGCAAAUGGUUACAAAACUCAGGGAUUACUCGAAUGAGUUUUAUUUGCUGUUACAAGAGUUGCGAGACCUCUUGAGUCAACUAAACUUUUUCAAUUCUAAAUCUGUUGCCUCAAUUUUGAGUACUUUGGCUAGUGAGGCCCAAGAAACAGGGCCCGGGAUCAAAGAAACCUUUUUAAUGGAAACAAUUAGUGCGAUUCUAGUGAAAUCUCCCAAUGUACUACAAAAACAUCAACCCGAAGAAAUUAUUCAAAUGAUGCUACUUUUUGCCGAAAGCGAUAUCACGGAAUGGCGCCAUGCAUGUUUUACUGUGAUGGCAAAUGUAUUGCAAUACCUUAGACAGGCUUUCGCCAAUGAGAAAGACAUUGAAAAACAGUUUGGGGAUCUGUCGGAAGUACAGUUUCGUGUAGUUUGCACCUUGGCGUCAUCUAAUUACGCAGAAGAUCAUCUGCAUGACAUUUCUACUUUUAAGUAA